AUGAUUUAAAACUCAUUUUGAGAAUCACGUCACCGAAUGAUGCCCGCUUAUUCCAAAUGGCCAUUGACCAAUUGCACGAAUGGUGUAUGCUCAACAAGCUGUACCUUAAUCUGGAGAAAUGUUUCGUCAUGACGUAUGCUAAAAACAUCACCGUACGAAGAUAUGAAUACACGAUAAACAAUGGGCAGCACAUGUUUGGUAGAGUUGAGCUACACAGAGACCUGGGGGUCAUUUUUGACGUGAAACUCACAUUCGCCAACCACAUCGAUACAACGGUAGCUAGCGCCUACGGAGCAUUAGGUUUUAUUAAGCGGACACUGAAACACAAGUUUACAAUAGAAUCAGCAAAACUGUUAUACUGUGCCUUAGUUCGAUCGAAAUUGGA